UUUAAGUGUAUUAAUUAACAAAAAUAAACAAUUAGCAUAGUGUUAAGCGAGUUGCCAUAUAAACCAAAACAGCGCUGCAGCUAACAAACAGAAUGGGCGAACAACCGAUUUUCACUUGCCAGGCGCACGUGUUUCAUAUUGAUCCGAAAACGAAACGCACAUGGAUCACGGCCAGCAUGAAGGCGGUCAAUGUGAGCUUCUUCUACGAUAGCUCACGGAAUCUGUAUCGCAUCAUUAGUGUCGAGGGCACCAAGGCGGUCAUUAAUUCGACAAUUACACCCAGUAUGACAUUCACACAGACAUCACAGAAGUUUGGCCAGUGGAGCGAUGUGCGCGCCAAUACGGUUUAUGGACUGGGCUUCUCCUCGGAGGCGGAACUAACCAAGUUCGUGGAAAAAUUCCAGGAGGUGAAGGAGGCCACCAAAAAUGCCAUGAAAUCGGCGAAUGGCUCGAAUGCGGUAACGCCCACCACUUCGGCGAAUACAUCACCAAUUUCGGGUCGUGCUGUCGGCUCCAUGCAGAAUGAUAACACCAACAUCGAUCCACACACCGUUGAACCGCCGAAUUUAAGUAACACCAAUACACAGAAUGCCAAUCCCGAUAGUCCCUCGCAUAAGCUGCUAAACACUCUCGAUGGCAAGCAGGAUAUCGGCUCGGCCACGCCCUCACCACAGCCAUCGAUGGUCAUUGGUGCUGCUCCGGUAACUGGAGGCGGCAGUGCUGGCGGCAAUGUUGGCGGUGGCAUUACAAUCUCUUCUGGUGGCAGCAUUGUGGGCAUGCACACUGGGCCAGGUGCGGGUGCCACAGCUGAGCAGCAGCUCAAGUAUGAAAACGAACGUCUGAAAAUGGCACUGGCGCAAAGCUGCGCCAAUGCCAAGAAAUGGGAAAUUGAGUUGGCCACAUUGAAGAACAAUAAUAUACGCCUGACCAGCGCCUUGCAGGAAUCGACGGCCAACGUGGAUGAAUGGAAACGCCAGCUGCACACUUAUAAAGAGGAAAAUAUACGCCUUAAGCGCGAAAUGGAACUGAUGCGUGUGGGUGGUAGUGGCGCCUCUGCAGCUGGCGGUGCCACAGAGGAUGAGUUGCGACGCGAGGUCGCUGCGCUCAAGGCGCGCACAGAGACGCUGCAGGCGGAACUGUUGCAACACGAAAUCGAGCUUAAAACGGCUAAUAUGAAUUUACGCGAGAAGUGCAAUGAUCAAACUCUGGCAAAGAUGAGUGAACUGAAUGUGCUCUUUGCCAAGAGCCUGUCCGAUUUAUAUGCGGUGCAAAAGGAUAUGGAGAAUGUUAUACAUCCCGCCAAGUGCACUUGAGACGCAGAGUUGGGUGCACACAGAAAGGUUUCAGCGCAGGAACAGACUACAAUGGCAACCACUACAACGACAUCAUCGACAUCAACAACAACAACAGCAACAACAACUAGCAAACGUUAUUUAAGCAAUUUUCUAACGGCGGCCGAGGCCGAGAGCACUCUCUCCAAUGUCACCUCCAUACACACGCAGCUGCAGUCAUCGCUCUACGAGACACAGAGCACGGCACAGCUCAAGGCGCUGGACAAGCACUCGAUGCUUCUGCAGGAGCUGCAUCAGCGACAGCUGCUGCAGGCUGCGCCGCGACACAGCUCUGCUGCCACUGAGGCGACCGAUGCCGUCGUUUCUAGUGGUACAGCUGCUGCUGGCACCAAAACUGCUACCAUACUCGUUUCCAAAUCAAAAACUAAAACUGGGCUGCCACUGUUGCUGAAAAAUUCCAUUAACAAUUAGGCGAAAAAACAAAAAAAAAAAAAAAACAAAACAAAACCGAUAAGCAGUUAUGACUUAUUGCAUUUUUUGUAAUCUUUGUAUUUGGUAGUUUGUAUACAAAAACUGAUCGAAAAGUGAACGAAAAACAAACAUUAACUUAUGACCCUCCCACGAAACUCUCAUAUAUAUACACACACUCACACACACACACUCAUUGUAGGUUUACAUGUAUAUGUAUUUAAUGUAUUUGUUCGGUAUAUCCUUUGAGUCCAAAUGCCCAGUAUUCCGUUCGAUUUUUCAAAAUUGUACGCAUUUGUCUGUGUCGUGGUACUUUUAUAGCAUUUAAGUUAACAACAAAUUUUAAAUUCUCAUACGCAUUCAAGUGCAAUAUAUAAACAAGAAUACAACAAUUAAUUUAUAAUA